GGAUUUGUAAUAAAAUAUUACAUCUGCCUAAAAUAUCACAUCCCCCAUAGACAAAACGAAAACGAGAUUGCGCUUUCGAGUCAUUGCACUUAGAAGCGUAUCAAGUACGUCCGAAAUAUUAGUUAUAAACAAUAUAACAAACACGCAACGAGGUUCACAAAAACUUUUUUCUACUAACAUACUAUAAAUGAAGUUAGCAUAAAAUGAUAAUAAGUUGAAGCGUAAAGUGAAGAUUUGUGGAAACUUUUAUUAUGCGGAUAUUGUUGUGGAUGUCCAAGAACAAAAAAAAGUUUUUGAUGCAGAGCAUAACAGUCCUUUAGGGAGCCAUGGUGGCACUAACAAAACAAUUAUGAAAAUGCUGGAAAAAUAUUAUUGGCCUAAUAUUACCGGAGAUAUUAAAAAAUGGAUAAAACAAUGCCUUCGAUGUCAAACUUCGGGUCAACUGCUUUCAGUAUCCGAACCUUUGCAUUAUAUAAAGACAACAAGAGUAUGGGAAAUUAUAGGUAUAGACUUUGCUGGCCCAUUUAUUGAAACAUCAAAGGGUAACAAAUACUUCAUGAGUUGUACUGAUUUAUUUUCUAAAUGGCCUAUAGAUAUAACUUGACAUUGUACCCCGUAUAAAAAAACACAUAUUGAAAACUUAACUAAUAUAGUCACUAAGGUAAUUGCUGCUGCCUCUUAAAUUUAAAAAUCUUAUUUUUGAGACCUAAUCUAUAAUCCUCUAUUUGUUUGAAUUCUUUUAUUCUAUUUACUAUACUUAUAAAUUUUAGAACAUUGAAGAAGCUCAAUUAAAGCAAAAAAAGUACUAUGAUGAAAGAGUUUCGAAAAAUAUCAAAUGUAACGAAGAAAAUAUUAAUAUUGGAGACAAAGUUUUACUUCUUGAUAUUAGAGGAAAAAGAAGCAAAGGAGCAGCUUUUAAGCCACGGUUUAAAGGGCCUUAUGAAGUAAGCCGUAUUACAAAAAGUGGAAAUUUCAAACUGAGUAGCAGAAAAGUUAUUAUAAAAGGAACCCACAAAAGAGCCCAUGUCAAGAAAUUUAUCGCAGGUACUUGUGAUAAAGAUACAAUUAUAACAAAAAACGAAGUAGAAAUUGAAAAAAAACAUUCAUCGAUGGAAAGCAUAAACGAUAAGGCAGAGACACCAAUAAAAAAACUUUGAAAUUAAAGAUAGUGAAGGUAUGUAUUAAAAACUUACCUAUUCACUUGUUAUUCUUAGCGUUUUAUUUUAUUUACAAUUUAUUUUCUAGAAGAGGCAGAUAAUUAUAUGAAAAACUUUUCAGUUAAAGACAGUAAAGAGGUGGCAGAUACAAAAAAAAGUUUCGUAGUAAAAGAUGGUAAAAAGAAGGCAGAGAAAUCAAUCCCCUUUGUAGUUGAAGAUAGUGAAGAGAAGGCAGAGAAACCAGUUGAAGAUAGUGAAGAAGUGACAGAUAAUCAGAUAAAAAGCUCGGUAGUUAAAGACAAUGAAGAGGUGGCAAGUAUUGCAUAUUUUUUAGAGAAGGCAGAGACAAAAAAAAACUUUUCAGAUAAAGACAGUAAAGAGAUAGUAAAUAUAAGAAAAAGCUGCAUAGUUGAAGAUGCAGAAGGUCACGAAAUAAUAAAGUGUCUCCGUAUUAUAAACCCGGUAAAAGUCAUUAUGGGUAUAUAUCCAGAAAUAGGUGGCUGCAAGGUAUACGAUUAUUCCUUACAAGAUACUUUAAACGAAUGCCUCAGUGACGAAGUUGUUUAUAUUUAUCUCAAAAUAUUAGUAAACAGUAAGGAAAAGAAUCGAAUCGAAGUACUGUCGCCAGCUGGGCUUCUCUCACUGGAUGAAUUGCCUAUUAAAACUGAUUUAAUACGAAGAAGGCAUAAGAAAGAGCUCUUUAAACUAGAUAUGCUAAUAUGCUGCAUGGUGGCAAAAUUCCAUUGGACGCUUGUAAUAAUCAAACCUGGUGAUAGAAAAAUUCACUAUAUGGACCCUAUGGGAGAACAGAUAAAUUCCAUUAAAAAAGAAGAAGUGAAAUGGAAUUGCUACUUACAACAAAGAUAUGGUGUUACAGAAAAGUUUAAAAUCUUAACGUUACCACAUGCUAUACAAGCUGAUGGUAUAUCAUGUGGAGUAUUCUGCCUUAAGAUAAAAUGUGAUAUUUGCAUUCCGAAUCGAUAGUAUCAUAUGGGAUGCAUUGUAUUUAAAAAUGAAACUAUAUUUUGUUGUGAAAAAAUUUAUAUAUAAAUGUAACAAUAAGUGAAACUUUACAAACUGCAGUUAUUUCUUUUUCUUCAAAAUUUUUCGUAAAUUGAACCAAUUUAAAUGUUUAUGCACUAAGAGAUAAAAACACAAAUAAGUGAACUUUUUUUUCUUAGUUUCAGUAACUUCUUGUAUAGUUAUAAUACUUUAAGUUGUUGAAAGCCAUA